AGGUUAGGUUAGGUUAGGUUAGGUUAGGCUGCUCUAAGCUCAUCACACAAUGUGCCUGUUGAGGAUAAAUGUAAGCUAGACUGCGUUGCAAGCCUAAAGGGUAAAAGUGUUGAUCGAUUUGUCCGCGAUCAAAAAUGUCAAGGGGGAAGAGAAAAUGCGAAGGAGCGCUUUCAGCCGAAUAGGCGGCUUCCAGCCGUGAUCCUCCACUGAUGGGAAAAGAUUAUGGGCGCUCCACCGAAGCCACCACGGCUGAAAACCGAGAAUAGCAGCGAUCUGCCCCGAGCUUUUUACCGUACGCUUUUAGCAAGCACGGAGUCGACUACCAGUUUUUGAUUCCUGCAUUUUCCACACCAAUAGUACAAGUGGUAGCAUUCGGAGCCCAAACUUCCCGCGGGAUUACCCGCACAAUGCCGAGUGCACGUGGACGAUAACAGUCCCUCGCGGUCGCUACGUCAAACUCAUGUUCGGUACGUUUGACGUGGAGACGUUUUACCAUAAGGAUGGCAGUGCCACUUGCAUCGAUCUCGUGGAGGUGAAAGAUGGCGGGGACAAACACAAGCAGUUACUGGGAGCCUACUGCAACUCCAAUCGACCUCCAUACGCCAUCAUCUCAAGUAGCAACCAGAUUCGAGUGUGGUUCAACAGCGACAGGACCGUCAGCAAAAAGGGGUUCAACGCGACCUUCACCAGCCACGAGGAUAAAGCAUGUGGCGGAGUACUGAAAGGCCCUCGGGGCGUGAUGAAGUCACCCCGCUACAUGGUGUCACCCUACCCCAACGACGCCAACUGUGAAUGGGUGAUCGAGGUUGAAGUGGGCAAGUUCAUCAGGCUCAGCUUCGUCGAUUUCGGGCUCGAAGUUCAGUGCGCACGAUGUCUCUGUCCAGACACACUCGCUAUCUGGGACGGCGCCCCAAACAACGAGACUUUGAUUGGCAGCUACUGCCAAAUGAUUGAGCCAGCAUUCCAAUCUAAGAGUAACCGCCUUCGACUCAAGUUCGUCAGUGACCGCGAGGGCCGGCAUCGCGGCUUCAAGGCCGAAUAUGCUACUUCUCUUACUCCUGGGUGUGGCUGGGACAUCGAAGACUCCCCCAAGACAGCCAUCACGUCACCUUACUACCCGUCCUUUUACCCUGCUGCCACGGAGUGCAUUUGGCGUGUACGAGCCCCGCCCAACCAAUACGUGUCCAUACGGUUUGUUGAGUUCGUGGGUGUGAACGGGUCCACGCCCGCAUGUCCUAUGGACCACAUCGAAAUCCACGAUGGGCACAAGACCACCUCUCCCUCUCUUGGUCGCUUUUGCAACUUCAAAGCACCUGAGGUCAUCGUCUCAAGUGGCAACGAGAUGACGGUUCGUUUUCAGUCUUCUCUCAGUGUAUCUAAUGGCAAGUUCACUGCAUUAUUCCUGACUCACUCAAGAGAGUGUAACGCAUCUCUUGGCUUGGCUGACGGGCGUAUCAGCGACACUCAGCUCUCCGCCUCUUCAUACUUUGCACGGAGGAUAGGCAUCAACCAGUUCUUCUACCACCUGCCGAGAUUCGCACGUCUGGACGGAGAGUACGCUUGGUGCAGUCAGAAUCAAGGCUCUCAGAUGUUUGGUGCGCGAGAGUACCUUCAAAUUGAUCUCUUAAACUUGACAAAGAUCUCAGCUGUAUCUACACAGGGUUACUGGGAUUACGUGUCUAACAGAGAACAUCUCGACUUCAUCACCUCCUACAAGGUCGAGUACAGCUUUGAUAGGUUGUACUGGAUUUCCUAUAGCAAUGGAAGCAAAGACAGCAUCGAGCGAGGCUAUUCGGAAUUUAAAGGAAAUUUCGACGCGCAGUCGAUUGUGAAGAGAGCUUUGAAUCCUCCGAUAAUCGCUAAGCUAAUCCGUAUCAUCCCAACAAGCUAUAACAGCACAAUGUACCAUAUCUGUCUGAGAGCCGAAGUACACGGAUGUCCCUACAACAUAGAUUGUGGCGGCACGAUAUCGAUGAAGAAGCCGGGCAAAGUAGUGCUGCGAGGUCAUCUGAGAAGGGAGACCGAAUGCACGUGGGUAUCUAUACCCAGUCCACCAAGCAUCCGCGGCCUUGUCUUGUUGCUGGACUUCACCAAGAUGUUUGACGUCCCUUGCAGCAUGGGAUACGUGCAGAUCGAGGAGGAAAUAACGGGCAAAUCUACAAGAAUGUGUGAUCAGAAUUCGGAGGCGACGUACAUCAUGAGGGCGUCCCAUCAGCUUGUCAUGAAGGUCAAGCUCAAAGAAGGCACGGACAACAUCGGCUUCGAUAUGAUGUACAGCACCGAGUCGUUCGGUUGCGGUGAUAUCAUCUAUGUAUCCGAAGACGGGACACUGGAGUCCCCACGGUACCCCUCCGAGUACGGAACGGACCACAUGUGCACAUGGGUCCUUUCCGCAAAGCCCGAGGCCAAGAUCACCAUAGAGUUCGAAGAAUUCAGCCUACAGCCACCAAACAACGGCUCGAAAUGCAUUGACUUCCUGGAAAUACGCGACGGUCAACUAGCCUCGUCUGCUUUGUUGGAUACGUACUGUGGGACAAACACCCCGGCAAAGUUCACCUCCACAGCGAACUACAUUCGGCUUACUUUCAUGAGUGACAGAGACGUGACGGCCAAGGGAUUCAAGCUCCUCUACACAUACAUCCCACCCAUCGACGAGCAACCAAAAGAUGAUGAGGGAGAGGGAGAACGCGGGAAAAGCUCGACCAAGUCUUCUGCGUCAAGACGAGAUCUACUUUACGUUUUGUUAUGGCUACUUGCACUGGUAUCACAUUGUGCAUGAAGACAUAGAGGGUGUAAGAACGCACUUAGAAUUGUAGCUGGUAUAGCAAGAAAACAAGUGUCGCUUGUUAUACAAGGAGCCACUGGACAAAAGAAUGACAUUUAAAGUGUGGUUUGGUUGGCAAGGAGACACUGGACAAAGGAAAGAGCUUUAAAACAACGCUUUGGUUUGCAAAAUAGUGGAAGAAGAAAAUAUUUCUUUAUAAAAAACACGAAACGCUAUACAAAGGACAUCAUCAAUAUGAUCAAAUUAGUGGAGAAACUGCACCUUUGUAAUAGAUGCAACAAAAGACCUUUUGAGAAAAAUAUCAUAUAUCGGUGUCCCAUACAACUAACUUCAUUUUGUACGAAAACCCUUUAUACAUAGAAACUUGUGAUGCUGGAAAACAUUUUCUCCAACAGAAGAAACCACGUUUAGGCUAACACCAUUAUUUUACCAGGGACGCGUGGACACGUGGAAUCAAGCCCAUAAUAUAACCAACAAGUCUGCUAUGUAAAAAAAAGGUUUAUUGUGAUACUUUGUUCGGAGGAUGAUUUCUUUGUGCAAAUAUUUAACAGUUAUAACGCCGAAUAAGGCGAAUUGAAAAGCGGUAGAUUAUACUAAAACCUUUUAUACCUCAACGAAUUAAAGCUUUUAUAUAUUGAGAUCA